UCACUUGAUCCAUAAAAAAUCAGAUUAUUGGAGCAUUAUGGGUACUGUAGUCAGAUGCUUGGCAGAGUGAUAUCUUAAUUUCAUUUUAUUUGUUAUUGUUGCAACUAACUGUCUUACUUGCUUUUUGUUUUAAAGUUAUUUUUGCAGAUGAAAAAAUUUUUAUUUUCGUUUAACCAGAGAGCCACAACAAAGAGGUAAAAGAGCCUCAUGUGGCUCCGGAGCCUCGGUAGACUCCUGGUCCAGACGCUGAUGGUCGCCAGACUAUUCCGGGUGGAGAACCAGAGAAAUGUCUGUAAUACAGAGAGACAACCAUCCACGUGUGUCAAAGUUAAGGCCCGGGAGCCGGAUCCGGCCCUCCGGGCCCCAUUUUUUCUGGCCGGUGGAAAAUCGCUGCCAGAUUGUGUUUACAUGUGGAGAAAAACAGGAACAGCUGGCAGAGAGAGCCGGACAUCUGUUAGCAGAGGAUCUUCAUCAUGUCUCAAGCUGGCCAGGAUGAUGAACCAAAGCAGCGUCCUGAAGUGAAAGAAGAGGAUCUGACCAACGCGAAGGCAAAGCUGGGCGGGAACGAGCCUGUGAGGAGCAAGACCCUGGAAGUGAUGGAGGAGUGCGAAAAAAUGGGGAAAGCUGCUCCAUCCGUGUUCAGUAAGGCGAGGUCGGGAGCAGAGACGGUUUUCAGCUCACGCUCGGCUCGACCAAUCAGGAAGUAGAUGGAAGCUUCAGCAAAGAUCCGAAGAUCCCAUCAAUCCCUUUCCUGCUGUCACCAAACCUAACGACCUUUUUCACUUUUUACAAAAUAUACAACUUUCCUGCUCAGGCAAUCAAGUUUACAUUGUACCAAACAAGAACUUAACCUGUUGAUGCCUGUUGUGUCAAAUAUAACAUACGAACAAAAUCCGCUAUAAAAUUAUUUACCUGUAGUAUUUACUUAAAAACUGAAAUAUUAAGGCGUUAAAGAAAAAUUCAAAUAAGAAAAAUAUGUUAACUUGAA